CACCCGCUGAGAUCCCGAAAGAGAAGGGCAAGUGCCCUCAGUAAAAAUGGCGGCACGGGGGCCAGGAAGCGGGGCGGAAGGUUGCUCUGGCACGUCGCGCCCCACUCGGUGGUGCGGAGGGGUCAUAUGACGCUUUCAACCGCGAGGCGCGGGACGCGUCCGGGGAGCAGCGCAGGCCGUGGCCGCUCAGCAGACAUCUGGAUUAAGAGCAAUGGAGCGGGAAAGAAUAAUUCAAGAUACCUUGACGUGCUUUAUCCAGUCCUAUAUCCCCAAUGCUGAUCUUGGUGGGAUGGAUGAAGUUGUCUUCUCCUACAUCACUAGUGUCUUAGAAGAGCUGGGUUUACCAGAGUCCUCUGAAGAGAACUUUGAUAUGGAUACCUUUGUGGAAAUGAUGGAAGCAUAUAUCCCUGGCUUUGCAGAAAUCAACAGUGGAGAUGUUUGUGAAAUGAUGUUUUCUCUCUCUGAAAGGCUCAGUAAAGCUCACAACCAAGAAAAGUUUUGCCAAAGGCCUGUGGAAGGCAUGAACAAAGCACCCACCAAAGAGCUGAACUGGAGCAGCAAGCAGGGAGCAGGUGCGCCUGAGAAGGAAAUACUGCGUACGCCAGCAGAAGAAGCCAUAGCUGAGGGAGGAGGUGACCUGAAGGAUGGCGUGGAGCUGCUCCUGGAGAUGUUCCCAGCCUGCACUGUGAGCCAGGCUCAGACAACGCUGGCCAUGGCACUGGGAAACCUUGAAGAAGCAGUACAGCUCAUCAUAGAGGAGAAGGUGGAAAUCAGCCCAGUGGAUGCUACCCUGAAGGAGAUGGUGAGGCCCCGCAGAGCACCUAAGCAAGAGGAACUAAAACAGUUGAUCUUACAGAAAUACAUGAUGGUGGACAGUGCAGAGGAUCAGAAAACACACCGGCCAGUACCACCAAAGGAGGCUCCCAAGAAGCUAAUCCGCUACAUAGAUAACCAGGUAGUGAGCACAAAGGGCGAGCGAUACAAGGACAUGAAGAAGCCAGAGAGUGAGGAGAUGAAGAGAACUUACAUCAGCCUCAAACCAGCCAGGAAGUAUAAAUUCCACUGAUGGAUGUUCCCUCCACAUUAUCGUCCUCUGCCUUGAAUGGAGCGCUGGACCUGCAGCAGUUAGUGGAGUGCAGAUGGUCCCCUCCUGUCCUAACUGGAACUAAUCCCUGGGAGCCAGGAUGCUGCUUUCACCUCCCCAAGUUAGCACCUGCUGCCCUGGAGGGGCCUAAGCAACACCAUCCCCCACACCAGGGGCCAGGCUUGCAGAACCAGCUGAGUCCUAGGCACCCCCUGCUCCUUCAUGCAUGGGGGUUUUAAAACCUAAUGUGGGCUUGUGCUGUCAUGCAUGACAAGCUUUUUAAACCUGUGUGCACUGAUUGUACUGAGUGUCGCUGUUAAUAAAGAUGAUGUGAGCUUAUGUGGAAUUUGGUUGGAGCACAUGUGCCUUGUGGGGAGAUGCACAGGUUUUCCCUGGAACAGGGAUUCAGUCACCACUGAUUCUGGCCUCAGACCCCAACCCUACCUGAGGACCCAGCUGUUUGGCAGUUUGCAUUUGAAUGCAAGGGUGUAUGCUAGAGAAUUGACCAGCACCAUAUUUCUCUGCAAGCACAACUGUACCUUACCUGAGGCACCCCAAAGAAACUUGCUCCUGUGGUCAGUGCCAGAGCCACAGAGCAAAGCCAUAGGCUAGUGAUGUGCAGCAUGACAGUCUUGCUACAUUCAUUCUCUAUUUCUGAACCAACACCUGGGUGA